AUUCUACUCGCCCCUUUGCUCCCUCCCGAGCUCUUUCCUUACUCAUCCUCGACUACCUCGUCAGCUCCGCUCACGACUAGACUACCCUUUCAAGCCUACUUGCUCUGACCUACUCUACCUCCUUCAGCCAUCACUCAACAUGUCCACCAACCCCGUGUUCGCCAUUGCCCAGGCCAAGCAUGAUGUGCUCGUGUCACAUCUGCCUCAUCCUACGACCGGCGCUGUGAUGCCCCAUCAAAUCCCAGCUGAGGCUCGGCUCCUUGCCCUCGACUCUGUCUUCAACCCCCACCUUCCUCACCUCACCGCGCCUCAUGCCGUCGGGGCUGUGGUGCAGCCUCGCGUGCAUGGUCCGGUACAAGCGCGGAGGUACGUGGAGGUAGCCAAGACGGAGGCUUUCCACGACGUCAUGGCCUCUGCCGCGCAUCGCGGGCUGGACGUAGCCGAACAGCCUAUCACAGGCCCCAUGGAAGUCUCGUUGGCGGCCAAGAAGACCUUGUACAAGAAGCUCUUGGGCUUUUGAGCCGCCGGUGGUACGAGGAGUCGCCAUGGCAUACCAGCCGGUAGAAGCUGCGAGAGGCAGGGCGCAUGGCAUGAAGACAGGCAGCUCGCGAAGGUCUAUCAUAUUGAGAGUGCACGAACUAGCUUUUCACACUUGUUAUGUUGUAAAUAAAGAUUGAAUACCAG